UUUUUAUAGAGAAAAAUGGAGCUUUGUAGACGGGAAUUACGAGCUCCGUUUCCCAUAUUAGUCGCCGUUACGUUGUUCCUCCUUCAGCUCUGUGCCGCGACGUCCCAAAUUAAUCACAGCGAGUCGUCUACACAAACAUCCGUUAACUCUCCAUCAGCGCCAAACACUCGAUUUCUGUCGUCAUCAGCACUGUCGUUAACCGGAAAACAUUCCUCCUUUAGGUGGGGGAGAAGACGACAUCGUUACAAAAUAAGCAGAGCGAGCAUUGAGUUUCUAUUCGCACAUAACCUCGUACGAGCGCGCGUGGGAGAACCGCCGUUACAAUGGGAUGGAAGACUAGCGGCGUAUGCACGUGCGUGGGCGAGACAGCGCGUUGGGGACUGCAGGCUUGUUCACUCCAAUGGUCCGUUCGGAGAAAACAUAUUUUGGGCCGGGCAGAAUAACUGGACGCCCAUGGAUGUUGUCAAAGUGUGGGCCGAUGAGAAUAAGUUCUACGACGUUAGGGGUAACACGUGUGAGUCGGGGCAAAUGUGUGGACACUAUACGCAGAUCGUGUGGAGAGAUAGCACGAAGGUUGGGUGCGCACGUGUGGAUUGUUCAAACGGCGGCUUUUAUGCGAUUUGUGUUUAUAACCCACCGGGAAAUUUUGAAGGUGAAAACCCUUUUGUAAGUUAUCACGACCAGGUUGGUCUUCUCCGAGAAGAGCCCCCAGCGGUUGUCGUUAAUCCAUUUUAACUUUAAAUGGCUCGAAAGCUGAGCCUGAGGACACGAUGGAUGGUUGUGCAUUUUUAGUUUGUUAAUUUUGUCUUUUUAUUCAAAUUAUUAUUAUUAAUUUUUCGAAAAAACUUAU